GGUGGUUGUAUUUGCCCCGUGCCCGAGAGGUGCCUUUCACUGAGCGGAGACCGGCCUUGGCUUAACCCACAGCGAUCUCACGAUGGCCAAGCAACCGCAGCCCAUUAGUCCCAUGAAGAACUUCUUUGCCGGCGGCUUCGGAGGGGUCUGCCUGGUGUUUGCCGGUCACCCGCUCGAUACUAUAAAGGUUCGGAUUCAAACCCAACCAAAGCCGACCCCGGGGAUAACUCCCUUAUAUUCGGGAACCUUUGAUUGCUUUAAAAAGACUCUUGUAAAUGAGGGUAUCCGCGGCUUGUACAAAGGUAUGGCAGCUCCCAUAAUCGGGGUAACCCCCAUGUUUGCCGUUUGCUUCUUUGGCUUUGGCCUUGGCAAAAAGCUUCAGCAAAAACACCCCGAAGACAUCUUGACAUACCCACAACUCUUUGCUGCCGGGAUGCUGUCGGGAGUGUUUACAACUGCGAUUAUGGCUCCAGGUGAGCGAAUCAAGUGCCUCUUGCAGAUCCAGGCUGCCUCUGGAGAGGUGAAAUAUGCAGGCCCAAUGGACUGUGCUAAGCAGCUGUACAGAGAAGCCGGAAUUCGGGGAAUCUACAAAGGGACAGUGCUCACACUUAUGAGAGAUGUUCCGGCCAGUGGAAUGUACUUCAUGACCUACGAAUGGCUGAAGAACGUCCUCACACCAGAGGGACACAGUGUAAGUGAGCUGAGUGUUCCGAAAAUUCUCUUUGCUGGCGGAAUGGCAGGAAUCUUUAACUGGGCUGUUGCAAUUCCCCCAGACGUGCUAAAAUCUCGUUUCCAGACAGCUCCAGCAGGAAAGUAUCCCAAUGGAUUCCGGGACGUUUUACGAGAGUUGAUCCGAGAAGAAGGCAUAGGAUCCUUAUACAAAGGCUUCACGGCAGUUAUGCUGCGAGCGUUCCCUGCUAAUGCGGCAUGUUUCCUUGGAUUUGAGGUGGCCAUGAAAUUCCUGAACUGGAUGGCACCAAACUUGUGAAACCCAGAAUGAAAUCUUCGGCCGUUGGUAACUGCGCUGCUAGGUACAUCUCAGAGAAUACCACGACUACAUGCACUGAAAUAUACAAAAUAAAUUGCCUUAUUAGUGGGCGGUGCUAAAUUAGUGCUGUUCUGUAAUACUUGAGCCUUGUGUGAGUCUCAAUCUGUUGUCUGGACUGAGACCACUCACACUUGUAGAUGGUACUGACCUCAUAUCGGCUGCCAGGCCCCUCUUUAUAUCCCUUCUCUGUUUACUGAUUGGCCUUGUUUAACUGUGUGAUUUGCUAAUUUGCUUCAUUAUAACAAGCGACACCUUUCUUCCAAGCCCGUCUUAGGGGAGGACUCCACACGUCUGCAUCCGACAGUUGCGUCGGAUCAAUGCUGCGACACCAUGCGACAAUUCUAUCUCUUACCCUAUUUUUGUCGCAUGCGUUUUGUCGGAUCUCGACAAUUUUUGUGGAGUCCUACCCUUAAGCCAAGGGGAUACUAAUUGCCCUACAUAUCCCCCACUUAUAUUGAUAAGCUGGUUUUGCCUUCGCUAGAGAUCCAGUCAUUGAUCGUUAGCCUCUGGAAUCAACGUAUGGGCAUUUGGCAAAGAUAAACCCCUUUAAUAUAUGAAUGUACAGUAUAAGGCUUAUUAUAUUAUCAAGUAUUCCUACAAAUGUGUGACACGGUUUUACUGCCCCCCCACCAGCGACCGGUGUAGCCAGACGUCAUCACUGGUUGGAACAGUCUGUGUCGCUCUAAUUGUAUAACAUUUUAUAAACACAUUUUAGCAGCAGUAAAACUUUGCCUUCUAACAAAA